GGGAGACGGGUGUAGAGAGACAGAUAAGGAGAGCGAGAGAGUGUGUGAGAGAGCGAGAGAGAGAGUGUGUGUGUGUGUGUGAGAGAGAUCGAGUGCGAGUGUGUGUGUGUGUGUGUGUGAGAGAGCGAGAGUGUAUUGACUGGAGGCGGAGGAGAAUGUGUUCAGUGUGUGAGAGACAGAGGACGAGAUGGAGCUUGCAAACAGAUGAAGACCGUCGUCGGUCCUUUACAUGUUGGUCCAGAUGAGUGUAUCCAAAGCUCCUCCCAGCCACGCCCACUUCCCAUCAGGAGGCGGUCCCUCGUCUCACCUGUCCCUCCCCCCGACGUCCUCCUCCCUGUCCCCGUCGUCCUCGCCCCCUCCGUCGGCCCCGCCCCCUCCGUCCCCGGUCAAGAUCUCCAUGCAGGAGCACUUCGCCAUCAACGUGUGUCCCGGUCCCAUCCUGCCCAUCCCCAACCUGUCGGAUUUCUUCCCCCGGUACCACGCCUUCCCCACCACGCCCCCUCCGCCCCGCGACAGACCCGCCGCCAAGAGCAGAGAGAGCGACAGGGACCCGGACCAGGAGAGACACGAGGACGGGGAGGGGAGGGCCGGCGCCGGCGCCGACUCCGACGAUGAAGACACGUACCUGGGCACUCUGGAGUUCAGCCUCCUCUUUGAUCAGGAGAACAACUGCCUGCACUGCACCAUCCACAAAGCAAAGGGAUUGAAGGCCAUGGACUCCAACGGACUCGCUGAUCCAUACGUGAAGCUUCACCUGCUGCCUGGAGCCAGCAAGGCGAAUAAACUGCGCACUAAGACCCUGAAGAACACGCUGAACCCGGUGUGGAACGAGACCCUGAUGUACCACGGCAUCACCGCUGCCGACAUGACCACCAAAACUCUCAGGCUGUGCGUGUGUGAUAUGGACCGUUUGGGUCGUAACGAGUUUAUCGGAGAGGUACGAGUGGCUCUGAAGAAGCUCCGAGAGGGAGAGAACAAGCGCUACAACAUGGGACUGGAGAGAAUCGCUCAGGUUCGUGAGGGAAACAAUCAGACGGUGGAUCAGACCUCUCAAGUACUGGAGGAGGAGCGUGGACGUAUCCUAGUCUCUCUGUGUUACAUGGUAGAGAAAUCCUCUCUGGUUGUUGGUAUAAUCCGCUGUGCUCACCUGGCAGCGAUGGACUCUAACGGUUACUCUGACCCCUUCGUCAAAAUUGUCCUUCAGCCAGAUAUGGGGAAGAAAUCCAAAUAUAAAACCUCAGUGAAGAAGAAAACCCUCAAUCCAGAGUUUAACGAGGAGUUCAGCUACGAGGUUCCUCACGAUCAGCUGGCUAAGAAGACUCUGGAGAUCUCUGUGUGGGAUUACGAUCUCGGGAUGAGCAACGAUUUCAUAGGAGGAGUGGAACUGGGCAUCAACGCCAAAGGAGAGCGACUGAGGCACUGGUUCGAGUGCCUUAAACACAAGGGGAAGAAAGUGGAGUACUGGCACACGCUGACACAGCAGGGGGCGCCGAGCAGCGACUAACACGCCAAACGCACACACACACACACACACACACGACCAUAAGAUGCAAUAAAGCCAGAGUGAGAGCGUCCAGGAUGAGCAUGUAAACGUUGGCGUGACCGCGCGUGUGCUGGCAUCGCGCUACAUGUUAAUAACACGUGUGUGUGUUAGCGUGUGUACUGAACGUUCAGGGUGUGUCACCUUUGCACAUCGUUA